GCCAGACGGCUUGAGGAACGGUGGAAUCGAGUGGCGAGUCUGGUCAUAUGCAAAAUAAAAUUGAGUUUUUCGGAAAUUUUGCCGGCUGUUAUUCUCCAAAGGACUGCGACUGAUUCACAAAAUGUCAGAGGAAGCACUUGCAGGUGUGCCACUAGUGCACAUCAGCCCAGAGGGCAUCUUUAAGUACAUCCAGAUCAAUGUCAUCGAUGGCGGAGAUGCUUCUAAAGCGGUGGUUCGAGGUUUCUCAGACUGCGAGUGGCAUGCUGACAUAUUCGAUCGCGAGGAGAAAGUCUUUAAGAAACUGGGACUGCGUGCAGAGUGCCCUGGUGGCGGUCGCAUUGAACAUAACCCCGAUAAAAAGUACAUAAAGGUCUACGGAUACUCGCAGGGCUUUGGAAAAGCUGAUCACGCCGUUACCAAAAGGAUUCUGGCAACCAAAUACCCGGACUACACGAUCGAAAUUUCUGAUGAUGGAUAUUAGCUUUCCUCAAAUGGACAGCGUUCUCAUACCCUUAAAACAAUUGCCUCCGAUCCAAAGUGCCAUGACUUUUAUAGAAAUGGCUUUUCAAAUUUUCAAUAUUGUAUUCUAGAAAGUUUCUGUGCAACUACCCAUUCUAAACCUGUUCGGACCUAAAUUUUCAAAUUGUAUACAAAUUCCACACGUAUUCCUUUUCGAAAAUUAAAAUGAAACUUCUAAAGUC